AUGCGUAGUAAAAAUGUGGAAGCUUUGCGGACUCUGCUUGCUCUAUGUGACUCAGAAACUGAUUCCCUUCAAGACACAUGGAAUGCAGUUUUGGAAUGUGUUUCUCGGCUUGAAUACAUCACUUCAACUCCUGCUAUUGCAGCAACUGUCAUGCAUGGAUCAAAUCAAAUUUCCAGGGAUGCUGUUCUUCAAUCCUUAAGAGAAUUGGCUGGGAAACCUGCUGAAAAAGUUUUUGUCAAUAGUGUUAAAUUACCCAGUGAUUCAGUUGUAGAGUUCUUCAAUGCUCUCUGUGGUGUUUCAGCAGAAGAACUAAGACAGACUCCUGCUCGUGUAUUUAGUUUGCAAAAGCUUGUUGAGAUCAGCUAUUACAAUAUGGCUCGUAUACGCAUGGUCUGGGCUCGAAUAUGGUCUGUUCUGGCAAAUCACUUUAUUUCUGCUGGGAGUCAUCACGAUGAGAAAAUUUCCAUGUAUGCCAUAGAUUCUCUAAGGCAGCUUGGCAUGAAGUAUUUGGAGCGUGCUGAGCUUACCAAUUUCACUUUCCAGAAUGACAUUCUCAAACCCUUUGUUGUUCUUAUGCGGAAUAGUCAAAGUCAAUCCAUAAGGAGGCUAAUUGUUGAUUGCAUUGUUCAAAUGAUCAAAUCUAAAGUUGGAAGCAUAAAGUCUGGGUGGCACAGUGUUUUUAUGAUUUUCACUGCUGCUGCUGAUGAUGAACUGGAAUCAAUUGUUGAAAGUGCAUUUGAAAACGUUGAACAGGUUAUCUUGGAACACUUUGAUCAGGUUGUUGGAGAUUGUUUUAUGGACUGUGUAAACUGUCUUAUAAGAUUUGCCAAUAAUAAAACUUCUCACCGUAUAAGUUUGAAGGCUAUUGCACUUCUCCGCAUAUGUGAGGACCGUCUGGCAGAGGGCCUUAUACCUGGUGGUGCUUUGAAGCCUAUUGAUAUUUCUGUUGAUGCAAAUUUUGAUGUCACUGAGCAUUAUUGGUUCCCAAUGCUAGCUGGUUUAUCUGAUUUGACAUCAGAUCUAAGACCUGAGGUCCGAAGCUGUGCACUAGAAGUUUUGUUUGAUUUGCUAAAUGAGAGAGGUAGCAAGUUCUCGUCAUCAUUUUGGGAGAGCAUUUUCCAUCGUGUCUUGUUCCCCAUUUUUGAUCAUGUUAGACAUGCUGGAAAGGAAAGCUUAAUCUCUUCUGAUGAUGAGUUGUUUCGAGAAACCAGCAUUCAUUCACUUCAGUUGCUGUGCAAUCUUUUUAACACUUUCUAUAAGGAAGUGUGUUUCAUGCUGCCACCACUUUUGGGUUUGCUUUUAGAUUGCGCAAAAAAGACUGAUCAGACAGUGGUUUCCAUCUCUCUUGGUGCAUUAGUACACCUUAUAGAAGUUGGAGGCCACCAGUUCAGUGAGAGUGACUGGGAUACUUUGUUGAAAAGCAUAAGAGAUGCUUCCUACACAACGCAACCACUUGAGCUGCUCAAUGCUUUGGGUUUUGAAGGGCCUACAGUGCUAGUUACAGAUUCAGAGGUUAACACAGAUAACCAUCAGAUUGAUGUCAGUGAUAAUGGACAUGCAUCUCCACUGCCAUCGCCAAAUAUCAGUGCUCAUGGCACUAGAGGGAAUCAAAAUGCAAUGGUCUUGCUGGAUCACAACCAAGAAUUUGGAUUGCAAAGUAAUUUGGAAGGGUCAGAAGGCCUACCAUCACCUUCAGGAAGAGCCCAAAAACCUGCUGAAGGUGUUCAAAGGAGUCAGACUAUAGGUCAAAGGAUCAUGGAGAACAUGAUGGACAAUCUGUUUCUCAGAAGUUUUACCUCCAAAACCAAGGCUCGUGUUUCUGAUGCCUCAGCACCAUCUUCUCCUAUCAAGAUUCCAGAUGCUGUGGAGCCUGAUGCCAAAGAGGAGGUGGAAAGUCCACUUAUGGCAACUGUAAGGGGCAAGUGCAUCACUCAGUUAUUACUUCUUGGUGCUAUUGAUAGUAUUCAGAAGAAGUAUUGGAGCAAAUUGAGAGCAUCCCAAAAGAUUGCUAUAAUGGAUGUUUUAUUGUCCAUGUUAGAGUUUGCAGCUUCAUAUAAUUCGUAUUCGAAUCUCAAAAUGCGUAUGUACCAUAUUCCUGUUGAGAGGCCUCCUUUAAAUCUUCUUCGACAAGAAUUAGCAGGAACUAGCAUUUAUCUAGAUGUGUUGCAGAAAACAACUUCAAGUUUUGAUGCCAUCAAUGAGAAACAGCAGCAAUCUAAUGUUGAUGUUGCUUCAGUGCACAACGAUUCAAGCUUUACUGGACAUUCUAGUGAGGAAGAGAAACUUGAAGGAGUGGCAGAAGAGAAAUUGGUUUCUUUCUGUGAACAGGUACUCAGGGAAGCAUCUGACCUUCAAUCCAGUGUAGGGGAGACUACUAACAUGGAUGUUCAUCGAGUCCUUGAGUUGCGUUCUCCAGUCAUUGUUAAGGUUCUCAAGGGCAUGUGCUUUAUGAACAAUAAGAUUUUCAGAAGACACCUGAGAGAGUUCUAUCCUUUGCUUACAAAACUUGUUUGCUGUGAUCAGAUGGAUGUUCGUGGGGCACUCGGUGUUCUUUUCAGGGUGCAGCUGAAAGCCUUGCUACCGUAG